UUUUGGCAAGGAGCUUUGCCAGGCCAAGCUGGAUCUUCCCAAGAUGUGAAACCUUUUUCUCAACAAUCUUAUGCUGUACAGCCUCCGCUGCCAUUACCAGGGUUUGAGUCUUCUGCUGGCCUCUCGCCUUCCCCAUCAGCACCAGCUUGGCAAGGACGAAGGGUUGCUAGCUCCAAACUUUGGAUGUUAGAAUUCUCUGCAUUCUUGGAACAACAACAAGACCAAGACACAUAUAACAAACACCUGUUUGUGCACAUUGGGCAGUCAAGCCCCAGCUACAGUGACCCCUACCUCGAGGCAGUGGAUAUCCGGCAGAUCUAUGACAAGUUCCCUGAGAAGAAAGGGGGCCUGAAGGAGCUCUUUGAAAGGGGGCCAGCUAAUGCCUUCUUCCUUGUGAAAUUCUGGGCUGAUUUGAACACCAAUAUUGAAGAUGAAUCCAGAUCUUUCUAUGGAGUUUCCAGCCAAUAUGAGAGCCCAGAAAACAUGGUCAUUACCUGUUCCACCAAAGUGUGUUCCUUUGGAAAGCAGGUGGUGGAGAAAGUGGAGACAGAGUACGCACGCUAUGAAAAUGGACACUAUUCCUAUCGUAUUCACCGUUCUCCUCUCUGCGAAUACAUGAUAAACUUCAUUCACAAACUCAAGCACCUUCCUGAGAAGUAUAUGAUGAACAGUGUGCUGGAGAACUUUACUAUUUUACAGGUUGUGACAAACAGGGACACACAGGAGACCUUGCUGUGCAUAGCGUAUGUUUUUGAGGUGUCAACUAGUGACCAUGGUGCCCAGCAUCACAUCUACCGGCUGGUAAAAGACUAGAGACUCUCUGCCCUGAGUCGUCCAUGGGAUGCAUGUCUAAGGAAAAAGCCUGUGCUUGAACAACCCCUGCCCCCCCAUACCAAACUGAAAAAUAAACUGCAGAUAUUGUGUAUUUUCAGAAAAGCA